AUGGUUACCAUUUCGAACGCCCAUGAUGGGUUGAUUCACGAUGCAGUUCUUGAUUACUAUGGUAAAAGACUAGCCACCUGUUCUUCUGACAAGACUAUCAAGAUUUUCCAGGUAGAAGGCGACGAUUAUAAAUUAAUUGAGACUCUACAGGGUCACGAGGGUCCUGUUUGGCAGGUUUCGUGGGCGCAUCCGAAAUUUGGGAUUAUUUUGGCCUCAUGUUCUUACGAUGGUAAAGUGUUGAUUUGGAAAGAAGAAGGUGGUGUUUGGUCUAACAUUGCAGAAUGCAGUGUGCAUCAGGCUUCAGUCAACAGCAUUUCGUGGGCUCCAAGUGAAUACGGUGCUCUGUUAUUGUGCACAUCGUCAGAUGGUAAGUGUUCCGUAGUGGAAUUUCAGGAAGAUGGCUCUCAAAAGACCAUUGUGUGGCAGGCACAUUCUAUUGGUGUCAACGCCGGUUCUUGGGCACCUCCACAGAAAGAAAACAUCCAGGAAAGACGUUUGGUCACUGGAGGCUGUGACAAUUUGGUGAAAAUCUGGCGGUAUGAUGCUGCACAGAAUACCUACGUUGUAGAAGAAGCUCUUACGGGACAUACUGACUGGGUUAGAGACGUCGCAUGGUCUCCGUCCUUACUUUCCAAAUAUUACAUAGCCUCUGCUUCCCAAGAUAGAACCGUUAUCAUAUGGACCAAAAAUGUUGCAGACAAGAUGUCUCCUUGGAAAAAGCAGCUUCUUAGACAGGAUAAGUUCCCCGAUGUUUGCUGGAGAGCCUCCUGGUCUAUGAGUGGUAACGUUCUUGCAAUUUCCGGAGGUGACAAUAAGGUAACCCUCUGGAAGGAGAAUUUGAAUGGUCAAUGGGAACAAGCAGGAGAAGUUGAUCAAUAA